UUCCCUUCGCAGGCAGGCAGGCAGGCAGCGGCUGGGUGGGAGGCGGCGGCCGCGGCGAUGGCGGACAGCGCCAGCGAGAGCGACACAGACGGCGCGGGGGGCAGCGGCGUGGCGCCGGCGGGCUGUGCGGCGGGCCCCGGCGCGGGGGGCGGCAAGGCGGGCGGCAUCGUGAUCUCGCCGUUCCGGCUGGAGGAGCUGACGAACCGGCUGGCCUCGCUGCAGCAGGAGAACAAGGUGCUGAAGAUCGAGCUGGAGACCUACAAGCUGAAGUGCAAAGCGCUGCAGGAGGAGAACCGCGACCUGCGCAAGGCCAGCGUCACCAUCCAAGCAAGGGCAGAACAGGAAGAGGAGUUCAUCAGUAAUACUCUAUUUAAGAAGAUUCAAGCUUUGCAGAAGGAGAAAGAGACACUUGCAGUAAACUAUGAAAAGGAAGAAGAAUUUCUCACUAAUGAACUCUCAAGAAAACUGAUGCAGCUACAGCAUGAGAAGGCUGAACUGGAGCAGCAUUUAGAGCAGGAACAGGAGUUUCAAGUGAACAAGCUGAUGAAGAAAAUUAAAAAACUGGAAAACGAUACUAUUUCUAAGCAGCUCACUUUGGAGCAGCUAAGACGAGAGAAGAUUGACCUUGAAAAUACAUUGGAACAAGAACAAGAAGCACUAGUGAAUCGUCUCUGGAAGAGGAUGGAUAAACUUGAAGCAGAGAAACGAAUUUUGCAGGAGAAGUUAGACCAACCAGUUUCUGCUCCACCAUCACCCCGAGACAUAUCAAUGGAAAUAGAUUCCCCAGAAAAUAUGAUGCGACAUAUCAGAUUUUUAAAGAAUGAAGUAGAGAGGUUAAAGAAACAACUAAGAGCUGCACAGUUACAACAUUCAGAGAAGAUGGCGCAAUAUUUAGAGGAGGAACGUCAUAUGAGAGAAGAGAAUUUAAGGCUCCAAAGAAAACUGCAGAGGGAGAUGGAGCGAAGGGAAGCUUUAUGCAGACAACUGUCAGAAAGUGAAUCCAGCUUAGAAAUGGAUGACGAAAGAUAUUUUAAUGAGAUGUCUGCACAAGGAUUAAGACCUCGCACUGUGUCCAGUCCAAUCCCGUAUACACCUUCACCAAGUUCUAGCAGACCUAUAUCACCUGGUCUGUCAUAUGCAAGUCACACAGUUGGUUUUACACCACCAACUUCACUGACUAGAGCCGGAAUGUCUUAUUACAACUCCCCAGGCCUUCAUGUGCAACAUAUGGGACCGUCCCAUGGAAUUACAAGGCCUUCACCACGAAGAAGUAACAGCCCUGACAAAUUUAAACGUCCCACUCCUCCUCCUUCUCCAAACACGCAGACCCCAGUCCAGCCACCUCCUCCACCUCCACCACCACCUGUGCAGCCUACAGUCCAAUCAACAGCAUCGCAGUCAGCCACUUUUCAGCAUUCAGUGCAUCCCUCCUCUCAGCCUUAGUGCAUGUGCUCAGCAGCCUGUAUUCAGAGUUGGACUCAUAACAUGGAGCAGUUUACUAAAAGCCAAAGGCUUACCUGGCAUAUUUGGAUUUGACUUACUUGCACUGAGGUUAUAUAGGCUUCACUGUUAAUUGUGUUGUAAACUUUUGUCUAAAAAUGCAGCCAGUGUUGUGGGUCUACAACACUAACUUAACAAAAUUUUCCAUCAGUGUUUACUUGAACUACAUGUAUGUCCAUUCUCUGGCUGGAACAUUUGCUACUCUCUUUGGUAACACGGCAUUAUGUCGUUUUGCUUGGCUCCAAAGCUUCAUUUUCCUGGCUUUUAGGUUUGUAAAAUUAAAGGGAUAUCUUUUUAUAUUCUUUUCAUGACAAUUUGCAUAAAAUUACAGGCAUGAUGGGCUAUAUUAUAAAUUCCUAAAUAUUAACAGUGUUUACCAAGCAUACGGUAAAUCAGCACUACAUUUCAAUAAUCUGAAGAUACAGCUUUUAGUGCAAAAGUGAAAGUCAGACACGUUAAUCAGUGCCCAAGACUAUACUCUUAUUGUAUCACCUAAUAAAUACGCUUAAUACAGGUUCAGUUUUCAGCACACAUGACACAUUCAUAGUUUUUCCUGUUUAAAAAAAAAAAAAACAAAA